UUUAAAGUUUUUACAUCGUUACAGGUUGCCAUGGAGAUUUAAAAUGCUGUUUACUUAAAAACCCUUACACUGGUAGGUUAUAUCUAAAAGUUUCAUAUUAUCUUUAAUUUACUUUAAUCUCAAUGGAAUAUAAAUAUCUCUCGAAGUAAAGUGGAGGUUAUUUUUCGUGAUUGAAGAUAAUUAUUAGUAUAAUUAUCUCUUAGUAUAAAGGGCACAAUUAGAAAAAAAACGUUUUUAAAUCUUAAAGAAUAAAGUUAUUAUUUGGGAGAGUAAAGUCAUUAAUAUCAGUAUUAAGUCGUAAAGUUACCUGUUGUGAAGGAGAGUUGUUAAAAUCAGCGCUGUGGAGCAUUUAGAUGAAUUGUACUUUAGUAUAGGUUUCACAAACAUGGAGAUACUUAAUCCUUUGGUACAUGAGCGUUACACUGUCAUGAGUAUCAGAACUUAUAUUUGAGAUAUAUGAGAAAUGCUUCUUUUGUGGAGGGGAAAAUGGCUGUACAGAGGCUAAAUUCAUCAAUACAGCUGUUAAUAGCAAUAGCAUAGGGCUUAAGUUUAUCAUAUGAGUUUAUAUGCCAUGAGGUGUUGAGGUCUCUGCAUGUGCAGAUUACUGACUUACUGUAAUCAUAGGGUCUAUCUCGUUAUGAAAACCUGCUCUAUUACGGCGAGUGUCUGUCUUCUUCUGUAGUCAAACCGUAAGAUAUCAAAAUCUACCCGGAUACAGCAAUGCUGCUUUUUUAUUGGCUAUUCAGUAGAUAUACUUUAUUUGAUUGGCUUGCGCGUGGCACGCAGCUUCUGAACUCUCGGAGGAACUCAGUCGAUUCCUACCUGUUCCAUAGUUAAAGAGGUGCAACUUGGUGGACAUCACCAUGUUCAUUUAAAUGCGUGAGAAAUACAAUGUGUGGCGUGUGAGCGGGUGAACGGUUGGGAAUGCGUGUGUCACACGCUGAAUGCGUGAGACUUGAGAGCCCUGAUAAAGAAUAAAACUACAUCUUUAAAAGCUAAUUAAUCCUGCAGGACUGCACAAUAUAAUAAGUCCAGAAGACUUUUAAUGUUAUAAAGGAUUUGUAAAAAUAAUUGUAUAGGCCUAGCCCUAGACUGAUUUGACAUAAUGUACUGCUUAAAAGCCCAGUGUCCUCUGAACUUUGAUUACAAAUAAUGGUGGACAAUUUUAAACAGAAAAGCUUAGACAGAAACUUUUUUUUUUUUGUGAAAUGACUCUAAAAGAGGUGGGGCGUGUACUAUUAUAGUCAAUUGGGGCUGAUAAUGUAUGUUUUUGCACUGAGUGGCUGCUGAAAAUGCACUUGAUUUGACUUUUUACAUGGUAAUUCUUAUCAUGCAUUCCAGUUGUCCUCGUAGGCCACCAUCACUUUGAGUAUUUUCCCAACAGUAGGAGUGAGUAAGGGAGCAUUUCCGCCUGGAAUCUGCUCACUUAUUUUCUAAAUAUUCCCAUUUCAGCAAAGUGCCUCUUUGUGCAAAACUAAACAGUAGAAAAACCCACGUGACUCUAAGGCAUUAACUCACUAAACCAUACAUAUCUAUGCAUCAAACUACUUCAUCCGGAGCAUUAAGUGUUAAAAGUAUAAUAUUAUUGUCGCAUGUGAAUGACGUCACGUGUCGCACAGUUGUAUAAUCAGCCAACAUGGCCGCGUCCAUGAGACUGCUGGUCAGGAGGGCGAUCCGUCUCUCUCAUAGGAAUAUCGGCGUGUCCUCUGCUGGAGUCUCGGGUCGGUCAGACUGCUGUUUGGGACCGUCGACCUGUCGUUGUUUUAGCGAUGCAGCCGGAGACAGAAGCACUCAUUUUGGUUUCGAAACGGUGCCCGAGACAGAAAAGGCAAAGAGAGGUGAGCUCCCUGCAGUCUCCUCACCUUGGGAUGUGGGCUCUGACACGGCAAACUUAAUCACUGUGUAAUAAAGCAGCGCAGUUUGGACAGGUAAAGUUUAAUCUGUAGUUGGCAUUAAUAAAAAGUAUAUUAUGUAAUAGUAAUAAACAGUAUUUCCACCGUUUGAAUGAAGGGAAAGACACUUCUAUAACACCGAGCUAAUCUGCACAGUAAUGUAACAUCCUCUGUACUAUCAUUAAAUAUAUGUUGGUUUAUUAUAGCUGUACUAAACUUGAAGUAAUUAUUAUCAAGUAGUCAGACAUAAAAAAGUAUGAUAUGCUUAUAAAUACACAUACGAGGGACCACCACACCUCUAUCAGUUAUUCAUAUUCAGAUAUAGUUAUUUGUCAGUGUCAUAUAUUGAUGCUCAACCCACAUGGGCUAACAUGACACCAUGAGUUCACAAUGUAAAGUAUGCAUGUGUGCAUGUUUAUGCAUAUAUAUACAUAGACACAGUAGGCAUGAGGGUAGAUGUGGAUACAAAAAGUCUACACACCCCUCUUCAACUGCCAGGUUUUUGUCAUGUAAAAAAAUUAAAUCAAGAUAAAUAAUUUCACAACUUCUUCCACCUUUAAUGUGACCUAUAACCUGUACAACACAAUUGAAAAACAAACAGAAAUCUGAAUACAGAAAAUAAACAACUGAGAUCAUGUGGUUGCAUAAGUGUGCACACGCUUUAAUAACUGGGGAUGUGGCUGUGUUCAGAUUUAACCAAUAACAUUCAAACUCAGGUUAAAUUGGAGUCAGCACACACCUGCCACCAAUUAAAGUGCCUCUGAUUAACCCCAAAUUAAGUUCAGCUGUUCCAGUAGGCUUUUCCUGACAUUUUUGUAGCCACAUCUUCCAGCACAAGCCAUGGUCCACAGAGAGCUUCCAAAGCAUCAGAGGGAUCUCAUUAUUCAAAGAUAUCAGUCAGGUGAGGGCUACAAAAGAAUUUCCAAGGAAUUAGAUAUACCAUGGAACACAGUAAAGACCGUCAUCAUCAGGUGGAGAAAAUAUGGCACAACGGUGACAUUACCAAGAACAGGACGUCCGUCCAAAAUUGAGUAUAAGAUGAAAACAAGGUCAGGGAGGCUACCAAGAGGUCAACAGCAACACUGAAGGAGCUGCAGAAAUUUCUGGCAAGUACUGGCUGUGAAGUACAUGUGACAACAAUCUUCCACUGUCUUCAUAUGUCUGGGCUAUGGGGUAGGGUGGGAAGACGGAGGCCUUAUCUUACAAAGAAAAACAUCAAAGCCCGGCUUAAUUUUGCAAAAAGACAUCUGAAAUCUCCCAAACACAUGUGGGAAGAUGUGUUAUGGUCUGAUGAAACAAAAGUUGAACUUUUUGGGCAUCAUUGCAAAAGGUGCAAAAUCAGCAUGCUUUGGGGCUGUUUUUCUUCAGCUCGAACUGGGGCCUUAGUCAGGGUGGAUGGAAUUAUGAACAGUUACAAAUACCAGUCAGUGUUGGCACCAAACCUGCAGCCUUCUGUUUGAAAGCUGAAGAUGAAGAGGAACAAGAUUGAGACUUUGGAACGGCCCAGCCAGAGCCCAGACCUGAAUCCCAUCAAACAUUUGUGGGGUGAUAAGAAGAGGGCUGUGCACAAGAGAUGCCCUUGCAAUCUGUCAGAUUUGGAGCAGUUUUGCAAAGAAAAGUGGGCAAAUAUUGCCACAUCAAGAUGUGCCACGCUGAUAGACUCCUACCCAAAAAGACUCAGUGCUGUAAUAAAAGCCAAAGGUGCUGCAACAAAAUAUUAGUUUAAGGGUGUGCAUAUUUAUGCAACCGGGUUAUUUUAACUUUUCUAUUUUUUAUUUUUCCCCUUAAAGGUUUCAGUUUGUUUUUCAAUUGCAUUGUACAGGUUAUAGGUCACAUUAAAGGUGGAAAAAGUUGUAAAAAUAUUUAUCUUGCUGUCAUUUUCUUGCAUCAUUAAAACCUGGUAGUUGAACAGGGGUGUGUAGACUUUUUAUAUCCACUGUAUAUGUAUAUACAGUAUAUCUUAAUAUGUGGCAGAAAUUGCCAUUAAAAAAGGUUGAAUCUUCAAUACAAUCCAGGGUCCAAGUGUAUUACAGGUCAAUGUUACAGAGUAACAGAAUAAAAUUAAGCUAAACACACACUCAUAAAAGAGACUGCCUUUUCCUCUUUUCCAGGUUUUGCAAGUCUGAACACAUCAGAUUUAAACAGCUGGUCCAGUUUCUACUCGUCAGGUCACCGCAUAGUUUCAGGCUUUUGGCUUGCAACUAAUUGCAACUAAUUAAAACAAUAACUUUCUCAGGUCAUUAUAUUUCCUACAGUGUAGAAGGACUUUUGGUUUCCACUUCAUCCAAAUCACUUAAUCAAUAUCGAAUUUAGGGCUGUUAAACGGUCGUGUAUUGAAUCACACAUUUAAACUUCAGUAUUUUUAUUCGUAAUCUUUAGCAAUGUCUUGCUCAAGCAAAUUAAUUUAACAGGACGACAACCCAAACUCAUGAAUGCAUGAAUAUGAACACUUUAGAGGCUCACAGUUUGUUGCAAAACACCUUAAGUUAAAAUGAGGAUUAAAUGAAGGAAAUUCCACUUAAGCGUCAUUAAAAAAAGUGAUGCAUGAAAACCUGAGUGCACCAGAAUAUCUGAGUUAACAGCUCACAUGAGUGAAAUCAUAACACACACUGUAAAUGGCUCUUUCUUUCUCGUCAUUCUCUCAGUUUAUAAGGUGUUUGAGAAUGUGGCGCAGAAGUACGACAUCAUGAAUGAUGCCAUGAGUCUGGGGAUUCAUCGCCUGUGGAAGGACAUGCUGCUGCACGUCAUGCACCCACAGCCCGGGGUGCGGCUCCUGGAUGUAGCAGGAGGAACAGGUAAAGCAUCAACAAACACCAUCAAACUGAACCUCGUCUCACUCUGCCUUCACGUCUGUGCUGAUGCUCCUCUGCAGGUGACAUCGCCUUCAGGUUCAUGGAGUACGUCCGCUCUCAGCAGGAGCGGCAGCAGAGACGUGCUGCCAGGUCCAUGCAGACGCCAUCAUGGGAGGACAUUUCCACUAAUUACACCAACGAGGACGUGGAAGAGUCGAAGGAAUCCCGUGCGGUGGUGUGUGACAUCAACAAGGAGAUGCUGAAAGUGGGCAAAGAGAAAGCUGACAGUAUGGGGAUCAGCGCGGGUGAGUUUCUGAGAGCUGGUCCUGUGAAUCCUGUCUUUCUAACGCAACAGAAGGAUCUUAGUAAGCAGGCUUACAUCAACACAGAUGAGGUUUUUGAGUUAUCUAUCUACACCAAGGUGCUUCUGACAGGAAUAUCAGCUGUAUUUUGGAGUCUGGAACAUAACUGAAGGUACAGCCACUGAGCUUCAGGGUGUUUGUGUGCUGGUGUGUAUCAGGUCUGUCAUGGGUUGUUGGGGACGCAGAGGAGCUUCCCUUUGAUGAUGACCAAUUCGAUAUCUAUACCAUCGCUUUUGGUAUUAGGAAUGUCACACAUAUUGAUCAGGUAAGUAACUCCUUUUUCAUUGCUACUGCAUGCUUCAGUGAUGAGCUUCAAAAUCUCUUUCACAUUAUUCCAUCACCAUGAUUUCUCUGAUUUUUCAGGCCCUACAGGAGGCUCUGCGGGUCCUGAAGCCUGGUGGCAGAUUUAUGUGCUUAGAGUUCAGCAAAGUGACCAAUCCUGUGCUGGCAAGGUGAGGAGACAGGGUCUGUGUGUGUACAAGAGUCCGCCCUACACAUGUCUAAAAGUUACUGCAAAGAUCUGUUAUCACAAAUCCUUCACCUUAACUGUAUAGACCCACCGACAAACAUCUAAUCCACCCAGAGACACACCGCCCACCCUCACUGCUUCACUGUUUGUCCUGACUCAAGGAACUUUUUGGCUAAAUUGGCUCUUAUCAAAACAAUCGUAAAUGUUAAAAUAUAUUGUUUGAAAUGUGAAUGUAUUGUUGAGACAGACUGAUCAAGUCUUGAAUUUUUUGUAGCGUGGUGAACACUGCCCCCCUCUGGUUGAGCACUGAAACCAGUUAAAGUUUAUUGUCACUCCACGUCUCAUGGAAGUUUAGGUUUGAGGUUCUCGUUUCAUAGUUCUGAAAGUGCCGGAUUCAAGAUCUGAUUCACACGAAUAAAAAGUUCACCUUUGACUAUUUUAAAAGACCAGUCUGCAGCCUGUAGAUCAUAUUUUGAAGUGAUUUGACUUGAUGAAAAGUCUGUAUUUUAAAGAAAAGUGCUUUUUUUCAUGUUCGUGUUUGGAAAAAAGAGAAACAUGAGUCAACUGUGUGUUUCAGCUCUGAGAAAAGAAGCUGGUUGCUCCCUAAUAAUCAGUAUUUUGGUUUUAUUUCCAGACUUUAUGAUGCCUACAGCUUCCAGAUGAUCCCGGUGUUAGGAGAGGUGAUCGCUGGAGACUGGAAGUCCUACCAGUAUCUGGUGGAAAGCAUCCGCAAGUUCCCAGAUCAGGUAAGAACUUUUUUUCCUUGCAUGUCUCCCUGUUUUAAUCCUUGCUACUAUUCAUUACAACAUUUUAUUUUCCUGACUGAUUUUUUUAAAAUAAGACAUGAAGGCUUUAUCACUUUUUAGUCAUUUAUGGUUUAUUUUGCAUCUGAAAAUUCAACUAACCAUUUGAUCGGCUAUCUGCAGCCUUCAGAGGCCAUAAAAAGUCCAAAUUUCAUCCUCAUCCCCAGUUUCUAAAAAGACUGAGAAGCACUACUGAAAUCAGUUUCUUUAAAAUUCUAGGGUGUUAAUUAUUUUCUGUUAUUUGGUGCACUUUAAAAAAAAAAGCUGACUGCGGUUUCUUUUGCUCUGUAUCUCGAACAGGAGGAAUUUAAAGGCAUGAUCGAGGAUGCGGGUUUCUACUGUGUGCAAUACUACAACCUCACCGGCGGAGUCGUGGCUCUGCACUCUGGUUUCAAGCUGUGAGGUUCUCUCCUCAAACACCUCGUUUUAAAAAAAAUGACCCGAUAGACUGGCCUUGAGUUUAAGGCUGUUUCAAACAUCUCCAUAAUCUACAAGGUUCUGGGAUGAGGAUUUCAGAGCCUCCAGAGGUCAGUUGUCUACGUGUUGCAAGUGUUUUUUUCUGUGUUUUCUGUUUACAUGUCCUCCUUGAAGCCAUUGUAAACAGCACUUCACAAGAGUGUGAGAAAGCCACACUAAAUAUGGACUAUCACUGCAUCUGUGGCGUCAGUGUUUGGACACCCCGUGUGUGAAAUUAUAAGUGGAGUAGCUUUAGGAUAUUUUUUGUAACCUGAUUUUUGUUAAUGAAUAAUAAAUUCUGAAAAAGUAGAUAUCUGUAUCUGACUCAUUUUUAAUGAUUAAAGCACCUAUUAGGAACUUCAGGUUUGUGUUGAAAUUGGACAUUGGACUACAUGCUCAAGUUUUGUCUGUUAAGAAAAUGUUUGACAGUCAAUUGCAUCCUUUACUGUAAAUAGUUAAUGUUAAAGAUAGUGAAGUUCCUUCAGCCUUUGACUUACAGUUACCCCCCUCCACAACUUGUUUAAGGCAUCAAACAUGAUUCUAUAAAAUUUGUCAAUCUUGUGACUAAUGUGCUUUUUUGCCUCUGUACAGCAUAAAAAAAGCAUUGAUAUGAAUAUCAGUCUGUUUUAUAAAUGUUUAAAAAACUCCCCACAGGAGCUUUAAAAUGGAACAACUUCUGAAUCCUGAAGUGAAAAACAUGCAAUGCAAAGAAAGACACCACAGCAGCAGUUACUUGAAUAAAACUGUAUAUUUUACAGAUCUUUGUACACUUUAAUUACAAAACUGUAUGGUACUAAAGUUUUAAAAUCAGUUUUUUGGUCAGAGAAGAUUUAAUCGUCUUGUGUGCAAUUACCAUGUAUAUACAAAGUCUCAUGUUAGUGAUUUUUUUCUCAAAAUAAAAAGCAACCAAAGAACUCAAACGUUCAUACACUCUGAACAUAAGACAUGGCUUAAAGAUAAAUAUAUUAGUAAAUAAAUAUUCAGAGAACAUAUUUCCAUUUAUGAAAUGUGUUUGCUAUACAGGUACAGAAAUAUACACAGAUUGAUUUCUAGCCUUUUUAAAACAUUUGUAAUGGUAAUGACAGAAAAUAAUUAUACUCUUAAAAAAUUAAAAAAUAUUAAUUUUUGUACACAUUUUAAUCUUCUUAAGUGCUAGAAACAAUAACAAAACAAUUAAAUAGUGACUCAAGUACCCCAAAAUGUUAUAUUUGCAGUAGGUACAUAUCUCUAUGCAAAAGGCAAGAUUAGAUUCUCACUUGAUUACAGCACUGGGUUAACUUAUAAAUAGGGUUAUUUCAGAAAGUCUUCCUCUGUGUAGAGAAUGUGUAUAUUUCAUAGAAACAGUAUAAAAACAGUCUGCAGGACAAACAGAAAGGCAUGAAUGACAAGCAUUGAUAUCGUGAGUAUGUAUUAUGCAUGGCACGAUAUGAUUCAAACGGAUACACUGUGGUAUGUAUAACUGCAUCAUUAAAAAAAAAAAAAAAAAAGUCACAGUACAAUAAGGAACCCUUGUGAAAAAAUGAGUCUUUUCCAGCUACUUUCCUUUGGCCUUUUGAUACAUGCUCGAACCUUUACAGAUAUUUAAGAGAGCACGCCUCAUUGAGGGAAAAUCCGAUAAGUGACGACAAACCAAAACAAACAAACGACAAAAAAAAAAAAACACUUUUAAGGGCUUCCAAACAAGAGGUAGAGUGCUUUACUCUACUUUUUAAGAAAUCUACUGACCCCGACACACUGCUGCUUUCAGCCCACGGCGAGACCAAAAGCAGAGCAGCUUCUUUACAUAUUGCUACAAAUAGCUUAACUAGCAUAAGGCUUUCAUGUUGCUCUGGCACGUCUCAUACAGGUAGGCCACAACUGGACAGAAAUGCAAUGCAUGAAACAAACUCAGUAUCAUAUCGAACAUAGACCAGUGUCAGCCUUGCAUUCACAUUUCGAUGCAUUUUUCUGUAAUAUAGCUUCUUCUCCUCAGAGAAACGUGUGGGUCACAGACACUUCGACCCGUUUCCCUGCUUUAGAAAAUUAGGAAAAAAAAAAAAAAACAAUCAUGUCUUUCUGUUUUGGUAUAGCUAUGUCCGUACAACCUAUUUGAGUUGGUGGUUGAAGCUUUAUAGGCAGUCAGUGUUCAUGUGCGCAUGAAUACAUAAAGAUGUUUGUGAAUUUAAAGUGUAGAAAAAGCUCAAAUUCCUCAAUUUUACACCAAAUAUGGAGUCUAAACAUCCUGUUCCUCACAGCGAAUAAGCCCAAAUAACAGAGUGCCAACUUAGGGGUCGACCAAUGUUGUUUUUUUAGGGUUGCCCCAGAAAAGAUCAUGUCAUGCUUUUAUUUUGAUAGGUUUUGUCUUGUGUUGAGGUUUCUUUUUCGCCACAUUGUAAAUCUCUGCUUUUAUUUUGAAGUUUAUGUAACUUCUUGCAAAUCCUAAAUUAAUCAAACUAAUUUGAAACAGAAAGUUUAAAUGUUCAAUUGAUUAGUUACUUGAAGAAGCACAAGCUCUCAUGUCAACGAAUCUCGAGAUGUCGCUUUUAAAAGUGCCAAGUCAUCUCUCAGAGGGCUGCUACAGCUAGCUUGCUGACAGCUGCCGCUUGUCUCUCCUCUGUUUUAUGACAUGUGGCAACCAGCAUAAAAGAACUGAAGUAGAGCUUAAAGACAGCACGUUGAAGUAGAUUAAUUCUAUCGGUGAUAAGUAUAUCAGCCUCUGCUAAUCAGUCGACCCCUUGUGCUAACUUUUAAAACCUCCAUCCUCCACAUGUGUUACAUCAUUUCCACCCCAUUUACAUCUGGUUAUCAAAUCCAUGAUAUAUAUAUUUCAAAGUGUUAUUAAACUACCUGAAUUUGCUUUCACACCUACACCUUUAUAAAGCUGGUCUCAGUUUUUUAGGUAAAGGAAAACCCCGCUUGAUUCAUGAUGUAGGCACAGAUGCUUGAUGUUUUAAUUUAAAGGCUCAUAUACUUGUAUUUUCACACACAUUUGAACUGGGAACAAAGUGAGCCUCCGUACCUUUAGAUGGCCAAAGUCAGAUCUGAAAUCUCACUGAUUAGGACGUGCUCACCUUUAGCGUUAACAGGUUUUCUUAAUCCAGUUUAGUGUUAUCUGAACACCAGCUGUAAAUGGGGUCUUUGUUGCAAGUGGUGUUUAAACUCACAUAUUUUGGUGCUGAGAUGUUUGUGGCCACAGGAAUGAACUUGAUACACACUGUAUAUGUAGAAAUGAGAGGCCAUUUCAGUAGAAAUCCACACAAUCUAAGAUGAUAACAUUCAGCGCUCAGAGAGCAAGGUUACAACAAGGCAGCUGAGGGUUUCAAUGAUUGACUGACUGAUACGGUACCAAACACGUCCUCUUGACUGAGUCCUCUCUCUCUGGGCACAAGUUCACACACCCAGACCUCCAUCGUUUGUCGAAGUACUGCUUCCCAGCGCAGUGGGGCUCAUAGAGAGCUGAGGGUGAAACAACGCCCGGGUUUCCUCCUCCUGAGGGUACGAUUGACCUCUGAACUGUCCCGAGGAAAAGUACCCCCCCUCCCUGGGCUCGUGUCGCUCCCCUGUCCGUGACUCGGCCUCCACUGUGACACUGAUGGGCAACAAACUGCUUUGGGUCUCUGCCCCUGUGCCCAGUUCACAAUCUGUGUCCUCAGGAAUUAUGGGUAUCCUCUGGUUGAGUUCACAGCAGCCCUGUCCCGAGCAGGCCUCUGAGUCUGCAUGUGCAUACUGCACAUUAACAGCGUAGUCCUCUGUGAAACGCCCCGCUGUGGCCCUGUGGACCUUCAUCUCUUUGUAGAAGCAGCAGGGCAGCCCUUCGUAGCUCACCUGCUCUGCAGAGGGACACAAGUGCUCAGGAGCAAAGUAGUUCUUGGAGGUGGAGCUCUGAUAGUCCACCCCCCUGUGAAAGCGUCCUGUGGCCAGAGGCCC